UUCAGGAUGAAGAGCCGGUGGCUCGGGCACUCUCAGUCCAGACUCAGAGCUGCGACCGUCCACCUCGACAUCUACAGACUCGAGACCUCGCCGACCACCAUGGCAGCUUAUGGAUGCGCAAUGGGACUUCUGCUGCUUCUCGUUGCUUGUGGAGGCAACCCGCUGUACGACUACCAACCAUUCGUGGGAUACCAUUACCCUGAUCUGACGACGGGAGCGGCCGGAGGCGGCUACUACUACAACCCCCCGGUGGCGGCUCCAUCGGCCGUUGCCACCGGUUUCUUCCCACUGCACGCGCCCGCCUUCACGCUCACACAGGUUAGCAGGUCGGCCAUCUGCACGCUCGUCAACACGUCCAUGUCGGAAGUGUCGGGCGAGGUGCGGCUGUUCCAGGGCAGCCCGCACGAGCCGGUGGUGGUGUCUGGGGUGGUGAGCGGCCUGGAGCCGGGGCUGCACGGCUUCCACGUGCACCGAGAGGGCAAGCUGGGCAACGACUGCGCCGACGCCGGGCCGCACUUCAACCCCGACAACUCUACUCACGGCGGCCCUCACGAUGAGAAGCGUCACGCGGGAGACCUGGGCAACAUCGAGGCCGGCCCCACUGGCGUGGCGGACUUCGCGGUGCUCAGCGACCGGCUGUCGCUGGUGCCCGAGAGCAAGUACUACGCCGUGGGCCGCGCCGUCGUCGUCCACCAGAAGGAGGACGACCUGGGCAAGGGCGGCAACGACGAGUCGCUGCGCACGGGCAACGCGGGCGCGCGCCUCGCCUGCUGCGUCAUCCGGCCCCUGCACUUCUGAGGCGACCGGCCAGUCCCGCUGUACUCAGAAGGCACCGGACAACGAGGCCUAUGUGGAACAGGAACAUGUGGUCGCUGACGGCAGCUGUCGGAAACAGUAGGCCAGCGAAUUUGGCAACACUUGUGAACUCUCCCCAACAGAUGUGUUUACAUGACUCGAAGACAUGUGAUUAGAACUGUUGCAUGAUGUGGCUACGGACAUUAUAAAAAAAUCAAAAAUCUUCAAAUGUGUGUGAAAUCUUAUGCCACUUAACUGCUAAGGUCAUCAGUCCCGAAGCUUACACACUACUUAACCUAAAUUAGCCUAAGGACAAACACCCACACCCAUUCCCGAGUGAGGACUCGAACCUCCGCCGGGACCAGCCGCACAGUCCAUGACUGCAGCGCCUCAGACCGCUCGGCUAAUCCCGUGUGGCCAUUGCAAAAAGAUAAAAAAAACAUGGCUCCAAUUCUUACUGUACGUACUACUGGUCUAAACUAGAAAAAACGUGUCAGAAAACAAAAUAAAUGUUGGGAUAGGGGCCAUUCUGUCUUACAAUAGCAAUCUGUCCGUGGACACAACAGCAUCUGCUCAGUGUAAUCACCAUUACUUAUUAUCCUUCAGUCCUCCUCCUCUAAGAAUCACAAACUCUUGCAAAUACUACUGACAGCCCCUAGACUUGCUCAAAUGCAUGUGGCGGCAAACACUCCUAUCGAUGAGUGUGGAAUACACCAAUGUCUUUAAACACCCUCAUUGCCAAACAUCAAAGGGAUUAAGUUCAAGUGAAUGGGCAAGCUAUGUUACUGAACCUCGCUCAUUAAACCUAUGUACUGGGUACUUUUGUAGUUGUCUUUGCCGGCCGGAGUCGCCGAGCGGUUCUAGGCGCUACAGUCUGGAACCGUGCGACCGCUACGAUCGCAGGUUCGCAUCCUGCCUCGGGCAUGGAUGUGUGUGAUGUCCUUAGGUUAGUUAGGUUUAAGUAGUUCUAAGUUCUAGGGGACUGAUGACCUCAGGAGUUAAGUCCCAUAGUGUUCAGAGCCAUUUGAACCAUUUUUAGUUGCCUUUCAUCAAGGUUGCAUGUUUCCAAUAGAGCACACAGAUAUUGGUGAUCGUCACCUAUUAAUUUUUCUGGUGAAGUGUGUGGGCCUACGACUCUAUCGCUUACAAUUCCGCUCACACUUCUCCGUUUUCUUUGUCUUUUCCCACUCACGUGGAGUCGACGUUCUUGACAAGUGUUUUCCAUUCUCCUCGGUUCCAAACUUCCUUUCACUUUCCCUCAAGUCCUCGUGUACACGGUCCAUUUACCUUUUUCUUGCUUUUCCUCUUCAUCUGUCACGUCCCACUACUAUUUCUACCACUCUCCUGCCAAUACUGGUGUCGCUCCUACACAUGACGUGUUCAUAUCAUUGCCGUCUCGUCGUUUGAACUUUGUCUGAUAUCUUCGUCACUUAACAUUGCAUCUUAUUCUCUUGUUUCUGAUCUUAUCGGAUCUGAUGACGCAACAAUUUCUUCUUCACAUUCUCACUUCAGCCACACUCAUUGCCUUACAAAUGUUCCUUAGUUCGUGCACAUGUUCUCUGGUCCGUACAGCAUUCCAGAUUUCACUGCUGACUUGUACAUCAUUCCUUUAGUCUUCAGAUUUAUUCUUGUACCACACAGUACGCCUGACGGCCUUUACCACUUCAUCCAACGUAUUUCAUUCUAUGGGCUACUGCCAUACCAGAAUUGCCAUCACCAGACGUUGUUGAUCCUGAGUAGGUAAAGCUAUUGUCUCUCGUCAGGUAUUGUCUACCCACGCAUUGUUACUAAAGCGAAACCCAUGUUUGCUUCCGUGAUCACUCGAUGAUUUGCAUCUGUCGACACGUGGUUAUUGUCUAAGUUAUUAUCCCAAUCUGUGCGAAUAAUACCGCAUCAGUAAAUAAGCGUGCUGUGAACUUCUGAUCUUCAGCGCUCUGCCGUACCAUGAAACAUCGCGAACUAGACAUCAUAUUUUAAGAAGAAAAAUGCACGUAUGCAAGAUAUCAGCCCCACAGAUCGAUCCCGCGUGAAAAUUUGGACCAUAAAGCUUUUAGUGUGCACUUACGAACUUCUGAAAAUACAGUGUUCAAACUUUCGCGCAGACCAAUUGGAUGUCACUCGCUCCGUCCCACUGAUGUCCGGGUACGAAGUGCUGUACAGUGGAGUGGCAAUCAGAGCCCUCGUAUUCGUUGGGCGUUGAAGGUGAGGGAAGAGGAAUGGGGAGCUGGAUACAUCUGCCCAGCGUGUUUUGAAAUCUCGCUCGAGAAAAUAUGUUAUGCUACGCGAAAAAUAGUAAGUAAUGUACGUAAUAUGCCAACCUCACACACAUACAGGUUCAACAUUAUUUUAAUAACAAUUUCGUAUUGAUAUUCUGCAGCUAUAUACAAGACUAAAAACCAAAACGGAUAAAACUAACCAACUGAAGAAUUAUUACGAAAUGAUUAUCAAUUUACAAUUUAAUCAUGGAAGUCAUGCUGAAACACGUGAUCUUGCAAAUGUGCUUUAGUUUAACAGUCAGCUUUAUAACCCAAGGAAAAUAACGUACAAUAGCGCUGCACAACUUCUUAAUAACACAUUCAUUCGUUUCAUUCAUUUACACUGCAUUUGUAAAACACAAAAUGAAAAUAUUUAAAGCAAAGAGAUCUGUGGCACCAGCUACAUGUUACAAACCGCGCACUUCGACGCAGUGAACGCUCAAUGACACAUUGUUACCUAUGUCAAAACAGUAUUUUACAAACGUCUUUCUCAUUCCACUGUACAGUACUUCGCCCUCAGGCAAACCGGUGCGCGCACAUGAUUAAAAGCUGUGCUUUCGGGUCAUAACUGCGUAUUAUCGGAAUGAUGGCCCAGAUUUUCGCGCGGGAUCGAUUUCUGGGCCUGAUAUCGAGCAAUUGUGCUUCUUGCUCCUUAAAAUAUGAGUCACGUCGGAGCAUUUUACUUGUUACAACACCCUCUCACAGAUACGGAUAAAAUAACUGCUCUUGUGAAACUGAGCAUCGUGGUCUUCUCCACACAAAUGUUUCAGCAUCAUCUUCUACUUGGCGCAAAUAGUCGAUCUCUUAAACCCGCAGGGACACCAACUGCACAUUUGUUUUCGGAUAUAGGUUUUAUCUCCCAACGUGCAUUUCCUCUGGUGCUUAGGCAGAUAUCUGCUAUCUCGUUUCUGCAAUACGUAGAUAGUGUCAUCCCAAACGAAUACUGCUUAUUAAGUCUUUCUUGCAACGCCUAACGUCUACGGAAAGUGUUGGUUUGUUUCCCGUUACAAACAAAAUGAUUUUCUAAACGUAAUUUUACGUGUCCAUUCGGUAGCGCGGACCAAAAUCAGUCUAGUGAGAUAUUCGUUUCAUCGGUAUGUAUUAAUAGGGGCAGUAAAACACGAUGAAUAACCACUACUAGGCUGAUUUGGGACUGCUCUAUCGAAAAUUCCGCUUUAAAAUAAUUUUGUUUGUAACGGGAAACAAACAGACGCUUUCCGUCGACGCUCGGCGUCGCAAGAAAGACGUAAUAAGUAGUAUUUAUUUGGGCUGACACUAUGUACAUAUUUCAAAAACGAAAUUGCAAAUAACUGCAGAAACACUAGGGAAAAUGCACCUGACGUCUCUUAGGGGAAACACGCGGUAUAAGGCAGCGCUGAGAAUGUCGUAAAUAAUAUGUGCCUGUCGAUUAGCUAAAACAUGGAGAAAUACCACAUCUCCACCUUUCCACAUGGAAAAUCAGGGCUUCAAUUCAUUGUUUACAUUACACAGAAUCAAUCAUCGUGUUCUGACGACAGCACAGCCAUGUAUCGACGUGUACGGAAUAGCUAGUGAAGGAGACAGCUGUGUGUUUGUCAAUAGCAUCACAGCCAGAGGAUUAGGUACGGAUACAAACAUAACAAAUGAAAAAUAAACAAUGAACGAAAACAGGAAGACAGCUUACACUACUACUGGCCUUUCUCAAUGCAAGUAAAAUGGCCCAUUCAGCAACAAAUAUUAUUUUUCUAGUGUUUACAAUCCUAGCCCUUGUAAGAAUAAGGAACAUCUUCUUUUAACCGCACUGUAUAGCCAGCAUAAUGAGGUGUCAUUCCACUAUAACAAGUCUGCAAGUCGUCACUGGACAGCCUCACUUGAUAUCCACCGCCAGAUCGCUUUAAUCAUACACCAUGUUACCCCAAGAUCUACUGACUGCACUUGCUUAUAACAACACAUACCUUGGUCUCUCCCUGUCAGACCUGCUCAGGCACUCGCCAUUUCACUGUGUCGGAAGAGGAUCGCAUUUUUUGUGGCACCGCUCGCAUUUUUUGUGGCACCGCUCAGGAGAUACAGGGAGUCUGGUGAACUGCAGCAGUGAACAAAUCUGUUACGGCUACAAAGGCGCGCGACUCGAAGUGCUGUGGCAGCUGUCUUUGGAUAUCGUACGAAGAAAGCACUUCCAGCGAACGUACUGCAGUGGCAUCGCAUUUCAGCGACAUUGUGACGAAUCAUCUGUUUGUAAGCAAAGAAAUGCGUCAUACUGCUGCUGUUGUUUGUUCACUGAGAACGCUGGGCUUUGCACGACUGGAUUUGGACCACAUCGAGCGGAUAAUGUGCUUCACUGAACGAGAGGACGACGUCAUCGAAAGGAUUAUCAUCUUUGUUGCUACAUUUCAGGAUAAUUACUCAGGGCAGCCAUAUUCCACUUUUUACUGUAAGCAUAAAAGCCUAUGGUCUCACAUUAGAGCUCCUCAUGUAAACACAACAACUACUUGUUAUGACGUAUCUGUAUCAUGUAAUUCUAAUUUCUGUAAUAUCUUAGUAAAUAUUCGUAAAUACGACAAGUUGAAUUCAGCGACCUUAUGUUCCUGUUCCAAAUACGUCUGUCUUGGUUUUCCCCAACUUCUUUAUUUAUUUGAACGAAUAAUCUUGAGGCACCGUGUAUAUCAAGAGCACAAUAUGUAUCUUCACCAUUCACUCACUGUCUCCCCCUCCCUGGAUGCCCGGUAGCGUGUAUAUGACACGUUUUUUCUUGCUUCCCUUCUUCAAAAUUAUAAACUUUGGAGAUCUUUCAUCAGAGUUUCACCUGUGAAUAUAUCAGCUGACGCUCGUGUUCUCGUCUCCUACUGCUACGUCAUCAUGACAAUGGCCAGGUUUCUUCAUCGAUGUCAAUAGCUCACUGCCACCUUGGUCGCAUUUCAAAGUAUUUCAUUAAAGUUCUUGUACGUGAGCUGUAACAUUUUUCGAGAAACGACAAUACAAGAGCGUUUUGGUAUUGAUGAGACUCUGUACUGCGUAUGACUGAAUUACGUCUCUCUACCCUGCUCCAAAAUUCGAAGCUUUUGAGCCGUUUCGCCGUAUUUUCACCGCAGGAUAUGUCACCUUGUAUUCAUUGUAUUCAUGUUUCCAUCCUUAACAAUCGACCACUUUUCCUCCCGAUUAAUAUGCCAUGUUAAAGAAUUUUCCUGUAAUUACCAGGACUCCAUUUCUAUGUGAAACUGUGAAAUUUUCUGCCUUUACCGCCCUCCAGUGGAAGAAAGUCAUCUUAAGUCACAGAUGUUUCGUUUCUCACACGCUCAUUCGUAAUACUGUUUGCCACUUUCAACAUGCUUUGUUUGUGCAUUACGGCAACGUCUCAAACUUUACGUGUUCUCAGUUCUUUUAACAAUUCUACCAUAUUUCAUUUCACGACACCCUUCAGCGUAGGAUUUUUUUUAUGUCGUUGGAAUUUUUUAUGUCAGCCACUCUGAAUUGUGCAAGGAAAGCGAUGUGCUAGAGCCAUAGUAUUUUUAGUGUAUUCAGUAGAAUUCUUAUCUUGAUGAAAAGCCAUAACGGAACAUUUUUUCUUUUACUCAAUCGUCUUACAUCAGCUUCCGUUCCUAAAAAUAUAUUUUUUAGAUAAAAAGAUUCGAUUUUCACUGAAUGUAUGACAGCCACAGUAACACUGUAAUCUGAUAACAGUGUCACAAAUAUAUGCACCUGCAACUUGCACAAAAAACAAUCACAACAUGUACUGUUUACGCACCAUAUCGUCAUUGUAUUUAUAAGAUUCUGCAAACAGUAACUUCUAUACGUUUUGACUGUGUAUUUUUGUACAGUAAAUUAUGAAUGCAAAAUAAACUUAUUAUUG